AUGUUUUCAAGAACUUUUGGAACCAGAUUUUUCACCCCAGCAGCCAUCUCUUGUGCAACAGGGUUGAACUAUUGGUACUCGAGGAGAUCAGAGCAGAAGUUAGAGGACAGUAAGCCUCUCUGGAAGAAUUUUAGACAUAAUUUUCUUACUUUUACAGCAAGAGCCUUUUCAGAGGAAGAUUUAGGCAAGAAGCUCUAUGCUCCAGAUCUUAAGACUGACGUUUAUGUGUGGGGAAAUGGGGUUGUGCUCAACAAUGAGAUGGAUUAUACCAAUUAUUACCCUAAGAAAAUCCGUGCUUUUUCGAAAGAUGAUUCUCCAGUCAUCGUUUCCGUAAAAUUUGGGAGUUAUCAUGAAGCUUAUCUUGAUGCUGAGGGGAAAGUUCACAUCUGCCGGAAGCAUGAACUUCCAUCUAAGAAGAUCCAAGGUGUUAAUGAUGGUGAUAGAGGAGAGUUCCAAACCUUUGAAGUCGAGGGCGAGCAACUUGUCGACAUUCAAUUCACUUCAAAUCGAAUGUUUGGUCUCACUGCUAGUGGCAAAGUCUACCUUUGGAUUAUUUAUAAGGAAGCUCCUAAAGUCUCGUCAGGAAACUUAUCAGAAAUGGCUGAUGAACUAUUUCUUCAAGAUGGAGAGAGUGAGAAGGUGGCAAUUGAUAGUACUCCUUACCAUAUUAAAGAGCUCGGGACUAUAGUAUCUAUUAAGACAGGCGAAAAUCACUUUUUGUCUCUGGAUGAAGAUGGAGUCAUGUGGGCAAUGGGAGAUGACACUUAUGGGCAAUGCGGUCAAUUUGUUAACAAUAGACCUCUCGUCCCUCCUUUUAAGGAUAUAAAAAUUUCUAAGCCCCAAAGAGUGAACUGCCAUGAGCAGAUUUCAAAGAUUGCAUGCGGACAUAGGCAUUGUCUUGCAGCAACUACCACAGGGAGACUUUUUGCAUGGGGAUAUAACCAUCAAGUUCAAAUAAGUCAUGGAGAAGAUUUGGCAUCAGCCAGCAGCCAAAAAUUGGUAUUGUAUGAGCCAACUGUGAUUCAUAAGGAAAUCUCCAUGCAAAAAGUUACUCAGAUGGAUGGUGGAUCUGAUUUCUCAAUCAUUCUUUCUGAGAAUAGUAGUGGUGAUCAAUUCUUCUGGGCUACUGGCAAUAAUUUGAGAGGGCAACUAGGGAUCAACACAACUACGCAUUAUCAUGAUAUGGAGCCAAUGUAUUUCGAAGAUGAACCUAUUGAGCCAGUAAAAUUUGAAUUCCUCUCUUGUGGAAGGAGACAUAGCAUAAUUGCUCUUGAGGAGGGAGGCCUUUUAGUUUGGGGAGAUAAUGAAGUUGGUCAAAUUGGAAAUAAAAAUAGGAGGGUAGUUCCAAGACCAUUUUUGAGGCCAAGAUUCUCAAGAGGAGAAAAAAUAAUAGAUGUUGAAUGAUCAGGUGAUAACUCAGCUGUUGUUAUUGAAAGACCAAAGAGAAAAGCUAAAAAGAAGGUCAAGAAAGAACCAGAGGUAAUUGCUGAGCCAGAAGUUCAGCAAACUGACUCAGACUCUACACCACAAGAGCCAACUCAGACAUCUCAGCCAUCUCCAUAACAACCCAACUCCUCUGAAAAUAU